UUUUCGUUCGCCCCCUUCGUUCUUUUGCCUCCGGCUCCCUCUUAGUCGAGUUGAAUCUCGACUUCCCCUCUUUCUUUUCGUUCUUCGAGAUCACCUCCUUUGACAGGACAGCAGCCGCAAAACCUCAGGGAGGCAUAUUCCAAACGUCUAGAUCGACGCAUUCCUGUCCAGUCCCCACGCCAGCCCCUACACACCUCGACGGUCUUUUUAGCUCACGUUAAUCAUCAUGCGCGUCCUCUCCGCUUUCGUCGCCUCGUCCCUCCUUGCCGGCCUUGCCGCUGCGCUCCCCGCUCCCCAGGGUGGUGCCCUCCUCAAGCGCACCGACUCUAGCUACUACGGCUCCAGCGACUCGUCGUCGGGCAGCAGCUACGGCAGCUCCUCUUCCAGCAGCUACGGCGGCUCGUCGUCGAGCAGCUCCUCCGGCAGCUACAGCGGUUCUUCGUCUGGCAGCAGCUAUGGCAGCUCUGGCUCCGGCUCCGGCAGCUCGUCGGGCAGCUACGGUGGCUCGUCGAGCUCCAGCAGCGGCUACGACUCGUCGAAGUCGUCGUCCUCUUCCAGCUCCGACUGCAUGAGCAGCGGCUCGUGCGACAGCUCCUCGAGCAAGAGCUCCUCCUCGUGCUCUGGCAGCUCUUGCGACAGCAUGUCCUCUUCGUCGUCGUCUGCCUACAUGGCGCAGUCCACCAUGUACGAGGCUACCUCUUCCGCCCUCGCGACCUCGACGAGCUCGAGCUACGGCUCCAUGUACACCAGCCCCUCGUACGGCUCUGGCUCCAGCAACUGGGGCAGCUCCGGCUACAACGACUGCGUGCAGCAAUGCAUUGCGUCGUUCGGCCCCCCUCCCGCGAGCUACACUCCCCCCAGCAGCACCAGCGGUGGUGACAGCGCGGGCAGCACUGGCACUGGCGCCACCCACACCGUCAUCGUCGCCCCCACCCAGGGUGUCCUCCGCUACAUUCCCUUCGCCGUGAACGCAUCCGUCGGCGACACCGUCAUGUUCAUGUGGGGCGCCAAGAACCACACCGUCACCAAGUCCUCGCAGCUCGAGCUUUGCAACAAGACUAGCGACGCGCCCUUCGCGUCCGGUGAGCAGAACGCGCCGUUCACGUUCACCCAGGUCGUCAACUCCACCGACCCGAUCUUCUACUACUGCGGUACCCCCGGCCAUUGCCAGAAGGGCAUGUUCGGUAUGAUCAACCCCCCUUCGGUCUACAACGCUGCCUCCUCCGUUAGCCAGAUGAUGGGCUCUGCCGUCUCCAACUCCUCCGACAUGGCCGCGAUGAUGGCGUACACCGACAAGAUGACCAACGGCUCGACUCAGGCUGCCAACUGGGGUGCGAACAUCGACAUGUCGAGCAUGCCCGACUGGGCCCACAGCUCGGUCCUCGAGAACGUCCUCUACACCCGUGCCUUCCUCGGUGCUAACCGCGAGACCCUCAAGGACGACGGCACCGUCGACCUCAACUCCAACGGCGCGCCCCUCUCGCUCCCCACCGACAUGACGACCGUGAACAACGCCGUCGAUGCCUCGCCCGCUGCGUCGGCUGCCGCGUCCACCUCUGCCGCCCCUGAGGCGCCCUCGACCUCCGCGGCCGGCGCUGCUGCCUCCACCACCGCGAAGCCCAACGGCGCUGCGUCCAACGUCGCGUCGAGCGCGCUCUUCGGUGUCGCCGCCAUCGCGGCCGCCAUGCUCGCGCUCUAAGCGUGAGGUGUAGGGUUCCCUUACGAUCGUCGUUGUGUACAUGGACACUCAUGGACUAAGGCGCCGUCUAUAGCCAUAGCUCUCGGACACUUCUCGCGCAAUGUAGAUUGCUACGAUACCGCUUUCCACCUUGGUGUUUUCUGCUGCGCUCACGGACUCUCGGACUCUUUCUAGCUAUACCUCCUGCCGUAUUGCUGCUCUCGUGAUCUCUUACCCUUUUUUACCUUACACUACUCGCAUGCGAGGAAAAGGUCCCCACAUAGCAUUAGGGCAGUCGCUGAUUAGGUAGCAAUACUAUCAGGUCUGACGCCUCC